AUGACUUGGUUUUGUCCAUUUUGUGAUGAAAUUAAUACUACAUCUUCUACAUCUCAAUCAACAGAUUUUCAAUCAACAGGUGUUCAAUCAACCGAUAUUCAGUUACAAUAUGAUCCCACCAUAUACGCUUAUCCACCGCAAAGUUCUGAUAAAAGUUCUUCUCAGAGCGAAAGUGAAGAAGAUGAAGAAAACCCUAACAUGAAUCUAAUUUGA